AAAGAGAAGAAAAGACGGGUCCACGGCUCUCCAAUCUGCCUCCAGCCCUAAAUCCUUAUUUUCACAAUUCGCCUUCACUCAUCACUCUUCAGUCUUCCCUAAUCCCUAGUUCCCUUCAGCUUGACGCCUUCACAGAACAGAGACAGUCUACGGCGGCGACCCAUCUACGGAAACGUCGGCAAGUGAGUCGUCAUCUCCGUCCUCCGUCAACCCAUUCUCGACGCAAGCCCAUCGUCUGUCCUCGUCUCUUACUCUCCUAGUCGCAAACAGCACAGACCUCGUCUCCUACCCUCCUCGUCUGUCCUCGUCGCACUCCAGUCGGUCGCCAGCAAAGCCACCGCCCACCUGGGUGAGACAGGUUAAAUAUGUUUUGACGGUGUAAGCCAAAGAUGUGGUAUUUUGCCAAUUUGCCCUAGUGGCAAAAGUUUUGAUGCGCAAAAAUUAAAUAAAAAGGCGCACACAAAAAUUCUCAGAGCUUAUAUUAGGGUUUAAAGCAUCGCUUCAUUCUACUAGUCACAUUUAGCUGAAAACGAAAAUAGGCAAUUUCUAUGCACGCUUGCAGUAAGUUUUGUUUCGUACAUUUGAUUCUGUGCAUAGACAGAUGCAAUUAACAGCAAAUUCUAUAACCGACCCAAUGGAGACGAGUUUGGACUCGCUAGCUGCGGGUGAGUCGGAACAGAUAUCAGGAACGUCGUUAUUUCACCGGAGAAUUGAGUUCCAUUUGGCCCGGAAACCAUUCAAUGGAUUUGGGAAUGGCAGUGGAGGGUUUCGGCUGGAGACGCUGAACCCUAGUUCGAAUUCAGCUUCGGUGCCCGGCAAAGCUCCUGGCCCGGGCAACCCUCCCUCAAAUAAGGGCAGCGGCAACGAUGGGCUAGACUUUGAUCCAGAGCUCAGCCUCAACAUGACAUUCAGGAAAAUUAUGAGAAUUGGUGCUGGCUUAGAAAAUCUUGGAAAUACUUGCUUUCUCAAUGCAGUCUUACAGUGUUUGACAUACACUGAACCUCUAGCAGCGUAUUUGGAAAGUGGGAAGCAUCAACAUUCUUGUCGUAAAGCUGGGUUUUGUGCUUUAUGUGCCAUCCAGAGGCAUGUGAGUCGUGCUCUUCAGGCACCAGGGAGAAUUCUUGCGCCAAAAGAUCUUGUGUCCAACUUGCGCUGCAUAUCUCGGAAUUUCCGCAAUGCUAGACAGGAAGAUGCACAUGAGUAUAUGGUGAAUUUGCUAGAAUCAAUGCAUAAAUGCUGCUUACCUUUAGGAGUUCCCAGUGAGUCUCCUGGUGCUUAUGAGAAAAGCUUGGUCCAUAGAAUAUUUGGUGGCCGUCUUCGCAGUCGGGUAAAGUGCAUGCAGUGUUCCUACUGCUCUGACAAGUAUGAUCCCUUCUUAGAUCUAAGUUUAGAAAUAAUCAAGGCAGAUUCUUUAUACAAGGCAUUGGAACACUUCACUGCCCCAGAGUUGUUGGAUGGAGGUGAAAAGCAGUAUAGCUGUCAACAAUGUAAACAAAAAGUCAGGGCUCGUAAGCAGCUCUCUGUCGACAAGGCCCCUCAUGUCCUUACCAUUCACUUGAAGCGGUUUGGUUCACACUUACCUGGGCAGAAAAUUGAUAAGAAGAUUCACUAUGGUCCUGUUUUGGAUUUAAACCGUUUUAUGAGUAGCCCCCAUACUAGUGAUUUGAAAUAUACACUUUAUGGUGUACUAGUUCAUGCUGGCUGGUCCACCCAUUCUGGCCAUUAUUACUGCUUUGUUCGCACUUCUAGUGGGAUGUGGUAUUCCCUUGAUGAUAAUCAGGUCUUCCAGGUGAACGAGAGAAAGGUCUUGGAGCAAAAGGCGUACAUGCUUUUCUAUGUUCGAGAUAGGAAAAGUACUUUGCCGAAGAGGCAUGUUGAUGUUGCACAUAAAGACAGCAGUUUAAUAAAUGGUGUAGGAAUUAAAGAGCAUAAAUGUGGUUCAACAAAGGAAGCUUCAAUAACUGUUGGAAUAUGUUCGCCUCUAACUGCUACAUUGGGUAAUGUCUCAGAUGGAACUCAUAAUAUUUGCAGAGUCCCAACUGCAAUGACGAGGCCUAUUGGUUGUGAUACAGAUGUUAGGAUGAAAGAUGUAAAUGCCACAAUGCCUGUACUUUCUAAGUGGAAUAGUAUCGUGGAUAAAGAUUCAAGUGGCUCUAUUGUACUGCCAUUAAGCUGCAAUGAGGAUGCAAUCAAUGAAAAGGAUUCAAGUGACAACUCCAGUCACAAACCAAACGAUGACAGUAUACUUAAAAAAUCUUUAGCUAGGUGUAGCAAGGGACAAAGUAUUUCUGGAAAGGUAUUGGAACUUAGUGAGCAAAAACUGAAAGAGGCAGGCCAAUUAAAGUCCAAUCAGGAAUGCGGUGAUGAUACUAAGAUUCACGGUUUCUCCAAGGGAAAUGGCAAUGAGACAGCUGGUUAUGUUACAAGCGAGAUUGGAUCUGAUAUAUUAGUUACACUAUCAGACCCUUCGAGGAGGACAAGCAAGACCAUACCACUGAAAGCCAAUGGGAAGACCAACCUGAAAGUUAGAAAGAAGCCUUACAAGUCACAUAUCACCAGCAUGCAUCUUAGUUCCCUCAUCUUUGGUACUGCAUUAUAUGUGAGAAGGAAGAGAAAACAAAAACUUAGAAAACAUUGCAUUUCAGACAUCAAUAAUAGGAGUUUGGAGUACUUGAAUGGGGAACAUGCCCUGCCAAGCAGCCUUGGUCCUACUUCUGAGCAAGCAAAGGUUUUGACUACCAAACUUUCGCCCCAUAAGAAGAGAUUGACAUGUGUCUCUGAUGUAGAGGUCUACAAUUCAGGUGUAAAAGGUCAACUGGAUACUGGACACUUGCAAGGUAGAAUGGUUAAUGAAGUACCUAAAGAGAGAGCAGGGAAUGUUGAAACUGUAGUGAUGACUGAUAAGCAGCUUGCAAAAAUUACUAGCUCCACCUCAUUAGGGAAUAAAUUUGAUGUUGGAGAAACUAUUGGUCUCAAAGAUCUAAAGCAGAGUGGUCUGAUGAACAUGCUCACCAGAGGAUUAGAGGAGACAACAGUCGUAAGUUGGGAUUGCAAACAAAUUUCUCCUUUGGACGACGUUACUGAAUCAGGAAAUGAGUGUGUCAAAAUUGGCUACAUUGGGGAUGAAUGGGAUGAGCAUUAUGAUCAGGGUAAGAGGAAGAGGGUAAGGAGUUCCAAACUCAACUUUGGUGGCCCAAAUCCAUUCCAAGAAAUUGCAAGCAAAAAGGCAAAGCUGAAGAGAGCAAAGCUGGCCAAUCAACCGAUUAGUAUAUGACUGAGUUUAAAAGUGUGUCUAGACAUUCAUGGAGGCAACAUAUUCUGGAGGCUUAAGAAUCUAAAGGUGUCCACCCCAGUUUUGUAUGUUGGGGAGUUACACGAAACAUUCAUCAGUGUAGAGUUGGAAAGAUAUAUGAGCAUCUUGUCUGAGGCCAUUUUGCAGGUUCAUCUUUUGAGCUAAUUUUGGUGCUAUUUAGUGAAACCGUUUUUUUUUUUUUUCCCUUCUCUUCCUCCUUUUCAUCACAUAUCCUAGAUUUUUUUUUUUACUCCUCUGACAAUAAAGCAGUGUGGAACUUCUUGAAUUACUGCAAUUGAACAAUUAAAUUGAAAAGGUGUAAUUCUUCUAUUUUACUUCCGUCAAAA